AAAUAUAAUGCAGGGACGGAAGACAUUAUCGCCGGAGUCGUUGUGUAAACCCUAGAACCAAAUACAUAUUCAUGUGCAGCUUUCGCUAACCACGAUAUGCGAAGCAAUAGCCUCAUGGUUAUAUAAAAACGCCAUGAGCAAGAACUUGGGCGUUUGUUGUUGCUGUUGUUGUUGUUUUUAUCUUGUUUACUUUUUUGUUCAUUUAUUUUCUUCUUUUCCUUUUUUUUUCUUUCUUUUCUUUUUUCGUUUCGUCUUGGUUAUUAUUUUUCUUAUUUCUUGUCUAUUUUUUGCUCCUUUGUUUUCUUUGUUUUUCGAUUCAUUUUUUAAACUUAUUUCUAUUUUCUUUCUCCUAUGUUUUCUUUUUUUUCUGUUUCCUUUUCUUUUUUUCUUUCUUUUUCUGUUGCUUUUUUUUCUUUUUCUUUUCUUUAUUCUGAAAUUAUUGGGGUGAAUAUGACUGAAGUAUGUGCUCACUGCCUGAUAUUAAACACUUGAAAAUAUGUCUUUCCUAAGUUAUAUGUAUAUUAGUUGUCUUAACGAGGCAACAUAGUAAAAAAAAAUCCAGUUGAUCAAAAAAAGAAAAGGAAUGGAAAAGUAGGUAUGAUUUCAUAACUUUAUGUAUCAUUUUGGUUUACUUUACAGGUUGUGACUUGAGUAUAUUUAAAAUCAGUAGACUAAAUAGAAAAAAAAAAAUCUGACCGAGCCUUCUGAGAAAUCGGAGUGAUUUUACUUGCAGGAACCUGCAAAGCAUUCCAUGACAGACAUAAUUACCAUGCGUAUGAUGUGCAUGACGAAAUGUUACGUCAUGAGCCUUGUCGUUCAGGCAGGAUAGAGAGAGAAUUAUAUUAACAAGCUAUUUAUUAUAUCUAAAAACUAGAAAUGAAAAAUACAAUCCAUCAAAAUCAGAAAAGGGAGAUUAACCAACAGAGCUAAAAGAAGGAAGAUUAAAAGGUAUUCUUGCUUAUAAUUCAUCUUGUAAGACGGUAUCGAUGUGCAAAAUAGGUAGAAGCAGGAACGUUUUCUCUGGAUGGGGACGCAAGUUGGCAAACGUUUUCGUAACUGACGGGACACGCAUAGCGAUAAGAAUUCCGGCCGAUCAAAGCGGAUUCAUUCGCUGAAAGGAAAAGAAAAUAGAAAGAAAGAGAGAAAAAAGAUUUGAAAAAAAAAAAAAAAGAGGAAGGAGAGUAGAUAGAAAGAAUUUUUGAAAGAAAAUAAAACUGAAAAGCGAGUAAAAAGAAAAGAAAAGAGAAGAAGAAGAAAAAAAACAUUGAAAAGGGAACACCUGUUGAAAAGCCUCGUCUCCCUCUGCCAAGCGACUCUUUUGCCAGUCAGCCACCAUAGACCCGCAGACCGGCAGCCGAGGUGGAGGCAGAAGGAGGCCAGUCCUUCAGGGUUUGAAGGGAAGCAGGGCAGGGCGCGGAGGUCGAGGGGGAAGUGGUACCGGACGCCCUUGCAAGGCUGUCUCCCCCGUGGCCGAGAUGUUCCGGCCGGUGGGUCUCCUGCUUCACUCCCAAUCCGUCCCGUGCUUCGGCUCGUACGAGAACGUCAGUCACCUCGACGUCCCCGACAGCUCCAACAAGAAGCGCCUCGUGCAGGGAAGGGACGGACCAGGAGGAGGCGGUGGUUAUAUGAACUUGCCUUCUCCUAAUGUGGCAGCGGAGGAAAGCGACCCCCCUCUGUUCCGGCGUGAGGGAGAGGCAUCGGAUUCCGAAGAUGCGGGAGAGGAACUUGGCCCCCCCGCCUCCGCCCUGACCCGCCGCCGUGCACUCGUACCCCCCAAGCUCCUUACUGACUCUCCUAACUACGACCAGCAUGAACACGACGUAACGACCACCGUCAACGGGUGCAAUGAUAGCAACUUGGCACGGAACAAACGGCGCUCCAGCAUUGUUGUCAUCCCCCCCAUGCAAAUCUGUCCAGGCGAUCUUCUUGUGUAUUCGAAAGUGCUCACUCAAAGGACCAAUCUCUUAGCUGGAGAUCUAGAUGGAUCAACACAAAGUUUAGCUGUGACAGAUACAGGAAAUUAA